AUCUGCUGUAGAGCUAGAGGCAUCUGGUGUCCCAUGGAGAGGGGCAGCACAAAGAACCAGAGGCUGAGGAGACUCCAAAGGUUCUGACCAGUAAUGGGAGGCUUGGUGUGCUUCCCACUGUGCACUUUCUGUGCUCAAGGCCUGGGUCUCCCACUUCCUCUUCCGGGGCGGGGCAGGCGAGAAGAAGCUGACUAGCGCUGCCCUCUCCCAAACCACUGAAUCCUUAAGGAGCACACCUGCUUGCUCCUCUGGAAGUGACCCCCAUUGUUGUUAGGGAAAGCUGGGCGGGAUGUGAUGCAAGUCCUGUCUGAAUGCUGUAAAGCUCUUUCCUGUCAAGGCUGGGGUCUCCUCUAGAUCUCAGUUUCUCUGCCCAUAAAAUGGAGUGGCCCUGGGAAUGGGGAGGAGGCUGUAGUUUCCAUGGAGAUUCCUACUUCAGCAAGUGGUGAGAAGAAAAGGGGCUUGUAAGGACAAGACUCUAAAGGGGCCAGAAGGAUCUGGGGUGGCCAGGUGCUCACUGUGCGAGGCUCCGUGGUGGUGAUGUCCUUUGCCAGUUCUGGGAGGAUCAGAAUGUCUCCUUCUUCUUCCAAAGUCAGGCUUUCCCCCCAGAGCUCCAGUUCUGACCCCUUUCCCUCAGGGCGUCUGCCCCAAGGCCAGCCAUUUUUCCAGUGCCUGACAGAUAGCUUCAGAGGUUGGUGGGAAGAGGAAGAAAGAAGGGAAUAGGGUUAAAGUGAUUCCAGAAUCGGGCCCUGAGGAGGGAGGAGCAUGUUUUUUUUACCUGAGGGUGCCGGCCUCUCCCCUUGUUUGCUCUGAGUUAGGCAGUCUCGCUCCUGCCCAGCACUAGGCGGCUGCCCUUGGGGUGCUCCCUUACCCCCAGACAUCCCAGCAGGACAGCCAUGGCUAGGCUCCCUGGCCCUUUUCUCUGCGGGGCCCUGUUGGGCUUGGUGCGCCUGAGUGCCCCAGGGCUAGCAGUGGAAGUGAAGGUGCCCUCGGAGCCGCUGAGCGCACCGGUGGGCACAACUGCCGAGCUGACCUGCAGCUACAGCACUUCAGUGGGAGACAACUUCGCCCUGGAGUGGAGCUUUGUGCAGCCUGGGAAGCCUGUCUCUGAGUCCCAUCCUAUCCUAUACUUCACCAAUGGCCAUGUGUAUCCAACUGGUUCUAAGGCAAAGCGGGCCAUCUUGCUUCAGAACCCACCCACAGGAGGGGUGGCCACGCUGAAACUGACUGAUGUCCAACCCUCAGAUACUGGAACCUACCUCUGCCAUGUUAAUAACCCACCAGAUUUCUACACCAAUGGGUUGGGGCUAAUCAACUUGACUGUGCUGGUGCCUCCCAGUAUCCCCUCAUGUGGUCAGAGUGGGCAGACCUCCGUGGGCGGCUCUGCUGCCCUGAGAUGCCGCUCUUCUGAGGGAGCUCCCAAGCCCGUGUACAACUGGGUGCGCCUUGGAUCUUCUCCUACACCUUCCCCUGGCAGCAUGGUUCAAGAUGAGGUGUCUGGCCAGCUCAUUCUCACCAACCUCUCUCUGACCUCCUCCGGCACCUACCGCUGUGUGGCCAGCAACCAGAUGGGCAGUGCAUCCUGUGAGCUGACCCUCUCUGUGACUGGUUCCAGAAAGAGCGGAAGAAGAAGCCCAAAGGGACCUAUGGGGGUAGUGACCUUCGUUCCACAGAUGAUUCUCAUGAACAGUAAAAUGUAAAAAGUCCCCCAGUUCGAGGAUGGCUGUCCUCGGAAGGAUGCUUCUAGCCUUCACUAAGAAUUUCCCUAAAUCCACCAGAGAGGAUGCCACUGCUCCUGGGAUUUCUGAGCAAACUUCUGUGAGGGCUGAUCCCAGCAUUGGGCUGCUGGAGAGGCCCCCGUCUGCCAGCACUGUGACGACCACGAAGUCCAAGCUCCCUAUGGUGGUCUGACUUCUGAUCCCCGAGGGCGGUGAAGGAGGAUGCCAAUAAUUAAAAGUCUCUGGGUGCCAUA